CUUGCGUUUCCGCGGAGCAGGAGAAACAGGUCCACCCAACUUUGAAAAAAGCUUCUCUGCUUCUUUUUUUCUCUGCUGGAAGAGGCGGCGAUGCCUCCGUCAGUACGGUGACGCGGCGGGGUCAAGUAGCCGGCCGGACCUAUCCGUCGUUGCGUCACCGGCGGGGAAAGCAACCGAUCGAAUCCGCACCAUCGGCGGCUUCCCCCCACCCAAUCCGGACCUCGACGCGUUCGGAUGGGACGCGUCGGGGAGAUCGAGGCGGAGGGCGGCGGGUGCGACGCCGCGGCGGCGGCGGAUGACGACACAGUCUUCGUCGCGGUGGGCCGGAACGUCGAGGAGUGCAAGGCGACGCUGCGCUGGGCGGUGCGGAACUUCUCCGGGAUGCGGAUUUGCUUGCUUCACGUGCACCAGCCGAUGAAAAACACCGAGCUUGCCGCCAAUAAACCAAAACAGUGUGCAGUUCACGAUUUGCAUGAAGUUGAGAUGCAAAAAAUGCCUGAAGUUCUUAAUGAGUACCUCGUGUUUCUUGCGCAGGCAGGAGUGGUAGACUCGGAUAAAGUUUGGAUCGAGACGGACAGCAUUGAGAAGGGAAUCCUAGAAAGUAUUUCUCAAUACAAUAUUAGAUGGCUUGUGAUGGGAGCAGCGGCUGAUAAAGACAAUUCCAAAAAUUUGACCAGGUUGGACUCCAGAAAAGCUGUAUUUGUUUGCCAGAAUGCACCGGAUUUCUCUCAGAUUUGGUUCAUUUGCAAUGGUUGCCUCAUAUACACAAAGCAGCCAGAAUGCUUGAAAUCAGAACGUCCAACUUUUAAGCAAAAAUCUCUUGAUCGGCUCAUGAAUCCAGAAUGCAGGAUCAUUCAGCGAUCAAGAUAUGGGGAGUUCAGCAUUGAACAAUUGGUUAGGAGUUCUAGCAGAUUGAAAUUGUCUGACGGGUACAUUGAUAAGAGCGAAGAUGACAGAGGACCACCGCUGAGAAGGCUCAGGUCACAGUGUUUAGAACAUCCAGCUAGCACAUCAAAAUCGUCUUUGCUUGGAUGUGAGAACAAGAAAAUUCAAGGGCAACCUGCUGGAGACCUCUAUUUUAGAUUGGAACAGGCAAUCAUGGAUGGUAAGAGUUCCAGGCGACAAGAGUUUGAGGAGGCAGUGAGGCGAUGGAAGGAGGAAGACAAUGCACUGGAUGCUAAAAUGAAGGCCCGAUCAGUGGAAAUUUUAUAUAAUAAGGAGGUGAAUGUAAGAGCAGAGUUGGAGAAAAUGCUGGGAAGCAAAAGACAAGAAUCGGAUAUGGUGAAAAACCAGUACCAUGAGACAACAAGAGAACUCCUAACAGUUCAGGAACAGAACUCAAUACUUGAGAAACAAGUUCAAGAAUCCAAGUUAGUGGUGAAGGAGCUGGAGGAGAAGAUCGUAUCAGCUGUAGAACUCUUGAUCACUUUCAAGGAGAGACGAGACAAACUACGUGUAGAGCAUCAAGAUGCCCUGAAGCAUGUACGAGAUCUGAGGAGAUCAGUACUAGUUGGAACUUCAAGCUUGUGUGGCCCACAGAUCCUCUCCUUUUCUUUUGCUGAGAUCAUUGAGGCAACACACAAUUUUGACCCAUCUCAAAGGAUUGGGGAAGGAAAAUAUGGAACUGUUUAUAAAGGCCUACUUCGACAUUUACAUGUCGCCAUAAGGAUGCUGCCCUCUUUUGGUUCUCCAGGAACAGUGGAUUUCGAACAUGGGGUAGAGGUGUUAAGUAGGGUGAGGCAUCCAAAUUUGGUCACACUUAUCGGAACUUGUCCAGAAUCUCAGUCACUUGUAUAUGAGUACCUAAAAGCAGGCAGCCUCGAAGAGCGCCUUUCACGCAAAGGCAAAACUGCCCCACUUCCAUGGAAUAUUCGAACCCAAAUUGCCACUGAUAUUUGCUCUGUUCUUGUCUACCUUCACUCCCAUAAGCCUCCAAUUAUUCAUGGGAAUUUAAAACCCUCCAAAGUCCUCCUCAAUGCCAAUUUUGUGGCCAAAGUUGGCGACCUUGGCAUCUAUUGCUUAGUUCCCAAGUAUGAAAAUUCUAAGAUCACUAAAUCAGAUGCUGAGAGUGAUUCUGAGGUCAAUUCACCUUACGAGGAUCCAGAAUUUUUAGUGAGCGGACAGCUUACUCCUGAAUCAGAUGUGUAUUCUUUUGGAAUCAUCUUGUUACAGCUUGUAACUGGAAGAUCAGCUUUAAGUAUUGUGAAAGAUGUGAAAUGUGCACUAGACAACGGAAAUUUCGAUAAAGUAGUCGAUUUUUCAGCUGGGGACUGGCCACUCGAUCAAGCCAAAUGGUUGGCCGAAUUGGGCUUAAGGUGCUGUGAACAGAACAAGCUGGACCGCCCAGACCUUGUAUCGGAAAUUUCCAGCGUGAUUGAGUCAAUAAGGGCUUUGUCUAUUGAAUCAGCAUCAACUUCUCGUUCGAAGGAGCCUGGCAAAACACCCUCUCAUUUUGUCUGUCCCAUUUUACAGGAAGUCAUGAAAGAUCCACUUAUAGCGGCUGAUGGAUUUACAUACGAAGCAGAAGCAAUACAGGGAUGGUUGCACAGCGGUCAUAACACUUCACCGAUGACCAAUCUUGAGUUGGAGCACAACAACUUAGUCCGGAACCACGCCCUACUCUAUGCUAUUCAAGAAUGGCAAGAGCUACUGUAAAAUCUUUCCUCCUUCAUGUACAUCGACCUAUCUGACCAAAAUCUUCUCAUUCGAUCCCUCGGGCCUCGAUGCGAAUUAGUUAUACUGAUUUCCCUAAAUAUCUUGUUGUACAGAGCAAAGAAUUCUUUUACUUCCACCAAUGGGAUAGUUAUCAUCCAUCAGUUGUCAAGUUCUCCUCA